AUGAAGGAGUCAACCAUUGUGCUCCAGGGCUUUGUCCAAGCUUGUCUCUUCUCCAUAAUCUCCGCAGCACCAGCUCCGACUGCAUUCCCAAAUACCAACAAUGUCGCCCCGCGUGACCCUGUUAUCACACCUUCCCCUGUCGAACGUCACCCUUCUCCGAUUGUUAGAAGAAACCUAUUAGACGAUGUUGACUCCUACGUCGAUAGCGUUCUUUCGGGGCUCGGAUCUGACCUACCUACGUGGGUCGCAUCUGGUGUUCCUAACUUCUUCCAAGGGUUCCCAACUGGGGACGCGGUUGUCAGCUCCCUAGGCCUGGACAGCACGGAAUUGGCAGCAUUGCCGACCAAUGCGCUAAACAUCGACCCCUAUGCGAACUGGACCAACUCAGGUUGGAACGUGCGCUUCCACGGAAACAUCUACAAACAGCCCAACACUUCAGUUUCGGACCUGAAUAAGCUGGCUGAUGUCUUCCUCGUCAAUACAAGCAUCUCCGACCUCCCCGAAUCGCAACAAAAACAGGCACGGAACCUGACAGCAGAUAUCUAUGUUGUCCAGCAGCCCAAUGUGGCCGUGAACACAAUUCACCUUGAACCUGCCCCCAGCCAGGGAGCCAGUGGACAGCCAGGCGGUGGUGGAUCAUCGAACACAACAGGUGGGACGCAAGACAUUACUUUACCUUACAACACAACAGUCGAAGGUGAUUUCGAUACCUUUGUGACGAUUAAGAGCAAUGGACUCACUGCCGGAAAUGAAACUUCCGCGAUCCAGAGACUUAACACCUACGUCGAUGGUGCAACUAUCGGGAAUAGUACCGCUUACCUUGUGCCUCCCACUGGACUGACUAUUGUCUCCGACAUUGACGACAUUCUGCGUGUCACCAAGAUCUACGAACCGGAACAAGGAUUGCUCAAUUCCUUCGCCCGCCCAUUCACCGCUUGGGAGAAUAUGCCGGACAUUUACCGGAACUGGUCCAUCAGUGUUCCCAAUAUGCACUUCCACUACCUGACUACCACUCCCGAGCAGAUCACCAGAAACUACAUGGAGUUCAUCUACGCCAACUACCCAGGCGGCUCCUUCGACACCCGUCCCCUCAACUUCAGCGAUGUUUCCGCCACACUCUCCAUCCGCAAGUUCCUAUUACAAAAGGUCUUCGAGACAUUCCCCGAGCGCAAGUUCAUCCUCAUCGCAGAUACCAGCAACAGCGACGUCAUGAAAGACUACCCAGAGAUGGCCACAGAAUUCCCCGGCCAAGUACAAUGCAUCUGGCUACGGAACACAACUGCCACCGAUCCAGGAGACAAAUUCCCAUACGACACAUCCGGCUUCAAGAGCUUGAACCAAUCGAACUACAUGUUCUUCCUGCAUCCAAAUGACCUGACCAACCUGGAUGUCGCGAAAGGAGAGUGCUACAACACGUCCAUUCCCCAGAACUUAACCUUCGGGUACCAGGGACUUCCAGAUGGACUCGGGGAUAGCACGUCAGUUAAUGGAUCGGCAAAUCACACCGGAGCUGCUUUUGCACUUACGCCAAGUGCAUCGGGCGGUUUGCCGAGUCUUAUUGCAUUGGUUGCGGUUAUGUUCAUGGGAACCUUCAUCUUGUUCUAA